AUGGAGGAGUUGAUUGCAUCCGAUGACUUCAAGAAUCAGUCGAUCGCCCAUCUCUCCGGCGCUGUCCAGGUGCGAACCGAGUCUUUUGACGACUUGGGCCCGGUAGGCCAAGAUGCACGAUGGGACGUGUUCUACGACUUUGCCGCAUACUUGAAAACGACGUACCCGUUGGUCCACAGUACAUUUCAGCUUGACCGGGUCAACACGCACGGUCUGGUGUACACCUGGAAUGGCAGCAAUCCCACCCUGCGGCCGACUCUACUCCUCGCGCACCAAGAUACGGUCCCGGUGCCGGAGGCGACGCUGAAUCAGUGGGAGUACCCGCCCUGGAGCGGCUUUUUCGACGGCAAAUACAUCUGGGGGCGCGGGGCGGCCGACUGCAAGAGCCAGCUGACCGCCAUCCUGGAUGCGGCCGAGCAGCUCAUCGCACACGGGUUCGAACCUCAACGCACCCUGAUCCUUGCGUUUGGAUUCGACGAGGAAGCCUCUGGGCCGCAUGGGGCGGGCCAUUUAGCACCGUUCCUGUUGGACCGCUACGGCAAGGACUCGAUUGCCGUGCUGGUCGACGAGGGCUCGACCCUGCAAACCAAAUGGGGCACCUUCUUCGCUCUCCCGGGCGUGUCUGAGAAGGGGUAUAUCGACCUCGAAAUUGUGGUUCGCACCCCCGGUGGCCACUCGUCGGUGCCACCCGCCCAUACCGGCAUCGGCAUCCUCAGCGAGAUCAUCACCAUUCUUGAAGCCAAUGUCUUUGAGCCCCGUCUGUACAACCAAAAUCCCUACUUGGGCCAGCUGCAGUGUGGUGCCAGAUACAGCCCCAAAUUUCCCCCGAAAUUGAAGGCGCUUCUCAAGAGCCGCCCACGGCACUUCUUGUCCUCCGAUGCUGGCGAUACUCUGACAAACACGAAACGGAAAACCAUCCGAGACCCUCUGGCCGAAGAAGCUGCUAAGGACAGCCUUUACACUCGCUACUUGGUGCAGACAUCCCGCGCCGUAGACAUUAUCGCGGGUGGCGUCAAAAUCAAUGCCCUUCCGGAGGAGGUCUCCGUCAAAGUUAACCACAGGGUCAACAUUGGGGACAAACCAUCCGACGUGCUUGACCAAGUCAUAGCGCUUACCGAGCCAGUGGCGCACAAGUACAAUCUUACUCUGGAGAGCCUCCCCUUCAACAGCUCUUCUCCCAAGCUGGAGAAUUCGAUCACCAUUUCUCCCCUCAAGGGAGUCCUCAACCCAGCCCCGGUGACGCCGACCGAGGUAGAUCCGAUAUCACCGUACACGAUUAUCGCAGGCACGACAAGGGCGCUGUAUGGCGAGGACGUCAUUGUCGCGCCGGGAAUCAUGACCGGAAACACUGAUACACGGUAUUUUUGGGACUUGACCCAGCAUAUUUUCCGCUAUGGUGUUGGGUUUGACGCGGAUGCCAUCACCAGCGGGGUGCAUACUGUAAAUGAAAAACAAAGUAUCGCGGGUCAUCUUAGAGGUACGAAGUGGAUGAGCGACUUCAUCCGGAACAUGGACGAGGCAGAAUUGCCCUGA